AUGGCAACCACUGAUAUCCAAGAUCACUGCAAAAAUCUAAUCCUGGACAGCUCGAAAACUCUCUUAUGCAGGCAGGGCUCAACUUGUUCAGACAAAAGAUUAUUUGGAAUGCAAGCAUUCUGGGCACAAAUUUAUAUCAUUCCUACUAAGGUCAAAAAAAUCAUAGAAGCUCAUUGCAGAAGCUACUUGUGGUCUGGGAGUAAUGCUAUAACCAAAAAAGCUUUAGUAGCAUGGGAUAAUUUGUGCUCUCCUAAGAGUGUGGGAUGCUUGAACAUUACUAACACGUACAUCUGGAAUAGGGCAGCAAUUGCUAAGCAAUGGUGGGAUAUUGAGCAUAAACAGGAUAAAAUGUGGAUCCGAUGGAUUCACACCUACUAUAUCAAACAACAGGCAAUGGAGAGUGUGCAAGUUCCUAAGCAAGCAUGCUGGUUAGUAAGGAAAUUUUUUGAAGCUAGAAACUUAAUAAACCAGAUGCAAAUUCAACCUACUAGGCAGAGCUUGAUUAGACAAAUCUAUUACCAGGCCAUAACUGCUAGAACCACAGUGCCAUGGAAGUGUAUGAUGUUCCAGAAUGCAGCUAGACCAAAAGCUGUUUUUACUAUUUGGUUGCAACUGUUGGGAAGACUACUCACUGUUGAAAGAUUGGCAAAGUGGGGAAUAGAGGUGGAGCCCAAAUGCUGUCUAUGUCAAAUGCAUGAUGAGACAAGGGAGCACUUAUUUGUACAAUGUGAGUUUACUAGAAAGGUGUGGAGGAGGGUCGGGCAAUGGAUGCAAAUGCAGUACUAUAACCCUGUCAACUGGGACCAACACCAACAGUGGCUCAUCCACAACUCAAAAGGAAAAUCCCGGAAAGCACAAAUAUUCAAACUGGUCUGCACUGAAGUCACAUAUGCCAUCUGGAUUGAGAGAAAUGCUAGAAUAUUUGAAAAACACAAUAGAACUUGGGAAGUUAUAGCUAAGGAGAUUAUGUAUGUUGCGUGUGUUAGAGCUACACCUAGAAUUUACAAUGUCAUUCAUAGCUUUAGAUUCUAG